UAGAUGGGACAUGUUGGUCGGCGUGGGCAAGUUGGGCCGAAGGGCCUGUUUCCACGUCGUGUGACUAAAAUACAUUGUCCGAGGUAAGAUUCCUGUGCAUUAACAGAUAAUUGUUACUGUUGUACACAUGAUGCAACAUAUUCCAGGCACCGGACCCGGCGAGCGGCGCAGGCGCUUUUGCACCUCGCUCCAGAGGAGCCGCUUGAGAGGGAGAGGGUGAAGGCCGUGGUAUUGCACCUCGUGCAUGCGUUUGCGGUUGCACCGGUGCAAGCCGCGCUGCGGGGCGGCUACAGGAAGGCGAUGCAGCGCCUGGGGACGGUGCAGCAGAAAAUCCCGUGCGCCUUCGCCACCGAGCUGCGGGACGAACCGAGCACCAAGCGGCCCGGCCAGAUUCGCCAUACCUCUGGGCACGACUGGAUCGAAAACCGACCAAGCAAGCUGAGAAACGAUUCAGGAAGUUUCAGUCUUCAAAGUCGGGCUCUGGUAAAUGACAAUCCUCCUCUUCCACCCGUAGAGUUCACUUGGAACUUCGGUGAAGACUUCCGGAAGGUUCCAGAGGCCUGGAUUCCGGCACACGGAGUGGCCCAGUCAGAGGGCUGCCCGCUGCCAGAUGAGAACGGACAUAUUCCCGGUUGGAUUCCAGUGGAGAAGGGAAGUAAACAGCAUUGUUGGCAUCUCUCCUCUGUGAACUAUGAGACGGGAUCCGCCCUGGUCUUGCGCCUGCACUCUGGGAAGAAUCUUCUAGAAAUUACCAUUGUCCCCUUAAUGGAGCUGCUUGAACGGACAUUGGAGCUCGUGGGAACUCACAUUAAUGGCAAUCCAUAUGGCCUCGGGAGCAAGAAGCGACCCCUCCACCUCCUGGUUUGCCAUGGGUCUCUGCCAAUCGAGAACCCGCCACCUCUUGAGCUGAUGGACAUGGCCGCCUGGUUCAAGGAGAGUGAGACAGCGAGGGUGGAAGGGAUUGUGUGGCACUGUGCGGCCGGCACCCUCGUUAAACUUCACCGAUAUCACCUUGGACUGGAGUGGCCGCUGCCAGACCCGUUCUUGGCCUCUCGCCCUGUGUCCAUUAACGUCGACCUCACCAGCUUCCCGUGGGAUUUUGAAACCAAGUCUCCCUUCGUGUUCCUGGCGAGGCUUAACGGCAGGCGGUUUGACCGAGUGAAGGACAUCUCGUGGGAGGACGCUGAGAGUUGACGUGGAACCAACACGAUGGCCCAGGAAGGUUGGGUGAGAUGGUUGGCUGCUUCAAGCCUGGAUUGGUUUACAUGGACCUUGGGGACUAGAAUCACGAGGGACUGUUCUUCAUUCAUGGGGCGACUACCUGGUCUGUCUAUACGCUGAUACCUGUUGUUGCUGCCAUUGGGAAUGUUGAAGCAGUUUUGUUCUUGCAAGCACUAGAAUGGACAUCAGUGGCAUGUUGUUGCUGUGCUGAGGUGGCCAUGUGCAGUCGCUGAACCUCCCUCAACUAUUUCCUUGGCUCAUGAAUGUCAGCGGUUAAUCACGCUCCACGCCUCCACAGAUAGGACUGGGAAAUCUGGGAGCUGUGUUUGAUCAUUUUAGUUUAGACCAGACUUCACUGCCUCAGUCUCACGGCAAAUUCCAAUGUGUAGGUUGCUGUUUGAGUGUUAAAAUGUUGUGAUAUGGUUGUGUUGCACAUGUUAAAAUUUGCUUGUGUUAAAUCCU